AGUCGUUUUUCCACUCAAACUGCAUAAUAGUGUGAACCAUCGGGUCUAAAUCAAUGUCUUAAUUUUACCUUAGUUACUUAUGUUGGAGUGAACUUCCCGUAUCGUUUAGGUAUUUUUUGUAAUACGCUUCUGUGACUCAUACGUGAGUAGUGACAACCAUAACAAACACAACGAUCUUAAUAACAGCGUCAUUCCUGUAAGCACAGCUUUCUUCAGUACGUAAGUAACAAUAGUGAACCGUUUUACCUGUUUAGUAUUUUUGCGUCAAUGCUGUUAGAUCAUGGCAGAACGUGAGCCUAUAAGUGGCUCGAGCCGAGACUAUGGCGCAAUCGCCGCGCCUCCCACGGUCGGUUUUGCCGACUUCAGCCCCACAGAGCUAUACAAUCUCAGCGAAGGCAUUGCUGAAAAUGUCAACAGCAUCAACACUGGCCUGCGUUCUCUGGAGAAGAUGAUGAAACAAAUUGGAGGGCCUAAUGAUAAUCUACAACUUAGGGAUAAAAUUCACGACACUCAACAAACAGUGAACGGGUCAGUGUCGGCGACGGCGCGCGACAUCCAGCGGCUCGGCGUGGUGGCGCGACGCGGGGACAAGCCGCAGAAGUUACAGGUGGAGAGGCUCACACAGGCGUUUAAGGAUGCGCUUGCGAAGUACUCAUCAGUACAAAAGCAAGUAUCAGAGAAGAUGGCGGCACACAUGCCGAAGCAAGCUCGCAACCGCAACGACCCGUCUUUGCUCGAGCGACAAGCCAUCGCCGACGACGAGGAGUCGGCGUUGCUGGAUAACCAGCAAGCACAGGCGCGUCUCGUUCAGUUCGAGACGAACAUGCUGUUAGAAAGAGAGCAGUAUAUCCACAAGAUAGAAGCCGAUGUGCUAGACGUAAAUCAGAUCAUGCAAGAUCUAGCUAGCCUAGUCCAGCAGCAGGGCCAAACUGUAGACACGCUCGAAGGUCACAUAGAAGAAGCCAGCGCCAACGUCGAAGCUGGCGUCGACGAGCUGGCCAAAGCCGAACAGCACCAACGCAGCUACAGGAAAAAAAUGUUCAUACUCAUCAUCAUCGGCAGCAUUGUGGCCAUCAUAUUCAUUGUUUGGAUCAUCAAGGCCUUCAGAUAAACAGCGUAUUGUCUAUGAUUUGGUUCUCUGGAGGUUUAUAUAACCGGUCAAACAACUUUGUCUCUAGAAAAAGGCGCGAAAUUCAAAUUUUCUGUGGGAAAAUUACGCCUUCGCGCCUACAUUUUAUAUUUAAUUUGCCGCUUUUUUCUACUGACGGAAAUGGCUUGACAGACUAUAUAUGAUGACGUUGAGGUAGUUGUCACAGUGAGUACGACUGAUUUGUAGAUAUGUGUUCUAAAAGAAACUCGUUGCAACUGUCCCAUUAAAAACUCAUAUAUCUGUUAGGAUACAUACAACGAAAAAACGAAUCAUGUCAUAAGAUUGAUAGGCGAUUUCUUCGUUGUGAUCAUUUUUAGUGCCAAGUUUGAAGUAGACGUUUGACUACCUGCAGCUAUGAUGUUGCAACUUGCGCCACAGAAUAAAUAAUAGUACUACCGUGCAGAAAUUACACUUCCUACAAAACCGAAGUUUGACAGCGAUUUAAGGACGAAUCAUGCUAUCCCUUUCUAAUGUAUGGCGCUAUCUCUUUCGGAUAUUUAGGGUUUUCAAAAUUAAAGUAAUUAUUUUGUCUGUGAAAAAAGAGUUAUUAACUCAUUAAUGCAUUCUAUCAACCAUUAUGUAAAGCUCGACCAGUAUACAUGAGAAUAACAGCGGCCCCUUGAUAAUAACCGUAUAUUUCUGGUCGGGCUUUAUGUAUUAUGUAUAUGUCAAACGCAUUCUGUGAAAAUAACCCCUUGAAUAAACACGGGUAACUAUGUAAAUAAUGUCCUCACAAUGUGUAAUAUCAUUCAUGUACAUCAUACUUCAAAAUACUGUGAUUUAUAAAUUCUUACUCUAUUCUAUUUAUUUCAGCAUUAAUGUAAUGCGAUAAAAUGUGGUUUUUUUUUGCACAAAAAUGUGCAUGUUACGUUUAAUUUAGAGUUGGGAACAUAACUCUGCAUAAUUAUAUUUGUUUAUAAUCAGACAUAGGAAUCCGUGGAGCAAAAUUGUUUGACAAGUAGGGAGUUCCUGUAUCGAUAAACUCGACUAUCGAUGCUAGUUCUAUAUACUAGUGAUCACUCAAGGGUUUGCUUGUAAAAAUACGUUUUUAUUAAGAGUAAAAAUAAUAAUUAAAUAAUAACUCAAUGUACUCUUCUUCGUUUUUAAGACAAGACAAGACAAUUUUAUAAUUUUACUCAACCCAAUUUUUUUCUUCGUGAAUGUCCCAUUUUCUAUUGUUAAAGUAAACGACCAGAAUUUGUUCCAUAUUUUAUUGUAUUAAGCGUCUAAAAUUAAGGGAGUAAAAUUAUAAAAUUGUCUUGUCUUAAAAACGAAGGAGAGUACAUUAAGUUAUUAUUUAAUUAUUUUUUACUCUUAAUUAAAACAUAUUUUUACAAGCAAACCCUUGAGUGAUCACUAGUAUAUCGGGUGUUUCCUGUAACACGAGCAAUAAAUUAAACUGUAGGCUGUACUCCUCAAACUCACCAACAUUUGUUCAGCAACUUUUAAAAAUAACUUAUGUUUUAACUUUUAUUACACAUUCAAGUUAAUUCUAAGACGCAAUGUAUUGCGAAUUUUGUUACGUUUAAAGCGUGACAAGCAACGUCAAACACACUGAUGUCAGCGUACAUUGAAAAUAAUAUUUAAUUUGUAUGAAAACGAUAAAAUCUUAAGAUUUCAUAAUUUUAAAAAGUUGUUAGUGAAAAGUUAUAUCGUUUUAGGAGUACAAUAUAUGGUUUAAUUAUUUGCUCGUGUUACAGGAAACACCCGGUAUAGAACUAGCAUCGAUAGUUGAGUUUAUCGAUAAAGGAACUCCCUACUUGUCAAACAAUUUUGCGCCACGGAUUCCUAUGUCUGUUUAUAAUGCACAGAAUGUACCAUUUUUCAAGUGUGUACUUGUCACCGCGUUACGCCAGUUCGCUACUGACACUAAUACUGUAAUACUACUUAAGUGGUAUUCAGAAUAAAAAAGUAAAUAUCAGUCUGGUAACGGCCUGCGCAAACUGGCGGAGAUGUCGUCAAUUAGUUCGGCAGAUCACUGAGGAGGAUUUAAUCCACGCAGCACACACCAACGAGGGAAAAUUCCCCGCGAUACCGCGAGCGCCCGCCGGCGCACCACGGAGCACUGCGGCACAGGCCGGGGGAUGACACGGCAUGCCGCCGCCUACUGCCGCGUUUACUCUAUCAAAAGGGAAUAAUGACUAAGGUGCACGAGUUCUCGCUCGGCGCACUCGGGAGGCCUCGGCGUAUCCUGGGGGCUGCCGUGGUUAUCCCCUAUCAUGCUCCUCGAUGCCGCGGAGUAACAAUCCUCCGUGAUACUCCGAGGUCGGUCUCAGAGCAUUCAAAUUUAUACCUUAAUGUAAAUGAAAUAGGAAAGAAUAUACAUGGAUACGUUUAAAGUGAUUUGCGCUGCGUUCCGCCGGUUUGCGCAGGACUUAAUACCUCUUUACUAACAGUUAUUUCUAAUUCCGAUUUGUUGGUAGUUUUAGUAGGUUAUUCCUACUAGUUACCACCAAGUUGUUGCAAGUGGUAAAAGGUGGGGAAAAAAUCCCAGUAGUUACCACUGGUAAGAACUUAGUGGUAACUAGUGGGAAUAACACUCUCAUUAUGUUUAGCUUGUGUUAUUGGAUUAAAAUGUUAAGUUUUCUACAAUUUAUGAGUAUUAUCAGCUUUUGUAAUGAACUACAAUAUUGUGUAUUUAUAUAGCUGUAUAUAAGGCCUUAAUUAUUGUAGAAUUUUAUUAUAUAGAAAACAGAAAACUAUAUGAAAAAGUGCCUUGGUAUUGGACCUCACGAGUUCCUAUAGUUUUCCGCUGUCUAUUAUAGGUAAUAAUAUGUUAUAUAAUCCAUUCUAGUUAGGAAUUCAUAGUCGAUGUAAUAAAUUAUAACUUUAUUAAAGUUUUUAAUUUGA